GUAUAUAUAUAUAUAUAAAAUCGAGAACCGACCGCCAACAAAAGCAAAGCGGUCUCACUUUUCUCCUCCGUACACAGCCAACCAGAGAGAGAGAGAGGGUUUUGUUUAUAUGCGGUCAAAACUGACCUCUUAUUAACGAACCAGACGAAGAUCGACGAUUUCCGAUUGGAUUUUUUUUUUCUCAGGAUUUUUCAGUUGAAUCGGUUAUGUACGUAUAAAAUGAUUCAAAGAUCAGGUCUAAAGUAUAAUUCAAUGUCUAAAUAGUUUGGAAGCUUGUUUGUCAAACAGUUGAAUCCACUAAACAGCCUAAGCACAUUUGGCUCUUUGCCAAUGGACAAAGGAGUGCCACCUACCCUCUUUGUGAAUGAUGGUUCAUUCAUGGAAAGAUUCAAACAGCUACAAGAACAGAAAGACAAGAAGGGUUCCGCACCAGAGGAGUUUAGACCUAGCAAAAUUGUAUCAGCCUCUUUGACUUCUGGCCCUUCUGUUUCUAAAACCAAUAUAGAAUUUAAGUCUAAUGAUGCACGUAAGGCCACUCAAGCUGCAUCAGCUGGCAAACUUGCUUUCAGCUUGAAACAGAAAUCAAAGCUUGUGGCUCCUACUGUUAAGUUAGGUGCAGAUGAAGAUGAUGAUGAAUCAGAUACUGGAAAUAUUCCUGUUGAUGCACCUGUCAAACGACAAAAGUUAGUUCAGCCAAAUGCCUAUGAGCAAUCACCGGCCCCACUGAAUGUUGCACCAUCUUCCCCAAGUGAUCCUACAGUGAAGAACGUUGCUGACAAAUUAGCAAGUUUUGUGGCUAAAAAUGGAAGGCAGAUUGAGCAUAUUACACGUCAAAAAAAUCCUGGAGACACUCCUUUCAAAUUUCUAUUUGACGAGAGUUGUGCUGAUUACAAAUAUUAUGAAUAUCGGAUUGCUGAAGAGGAAAAGGCCAUUUCACGGACUAGGGAAACCCAAACAUCUCGCAAUGAUGUUACAAGCACUUCUGCUUCUAAAUCCACGAAUGGUUCCCAAAGGUCUUUUCAGCAGCUUUCAAAUUAUCAAAUACCUGCCUCUGCUUUAUAUGAAGCUACUGAGGAUCUAAGUGCUUCUGGAAUGUCAGCAUCAGCAGGAAGAAUGGGUGACUCUAGUCAAAGAGGUGCAGAUCCUGUAGCAAUGAUGGAGUUCUACAUGAAGAAGGCUGCACAGGAAGAGAAGAUGAGACGACCUAAACAGUCAAAGGAUGAAAUGCCCCCGCCUGCUUCUCUUCAAGCUCCUGGUAAAAAAGGUCAUCACAUGGGUGAUUAUAUACCACAAGAGGAGCUGGAGAAGUUUUUAGCUGCUUGUAAUGAUGCAGCUGCACGAAAAGCUGCUAAAGAGGCCGCAGAAAGGUCAAGAAUCCAGGCUGAUAAUGUGGGUCAUAAACUGUUGUCUAAAAUGGGUUGGAAAGAAGGUGAAGGUUUGGGGAGCUCCAGAAGUGGCAUGGCAGAUCCAAUAAUGGCUGGUGAUGUGAAGAAGGACAAUUUGGGAGUUGGUGCUCAAAAUCCUGGUGAAGUAACUCCUGAAGAUGAUAUAUACGAGCAGUAUAAGAAGCGGAUGAUGCUUGGUUACCGUCACAGACCUAACCCUCUGGGCAAUCCACGAAAAGCAUAUUACUGACCACCACGCAAGCAGUAUACAUGUUUGGUCCGCCUUUAUAGUUCCUUUUUGAUAGUGUUGGAGAAAAAGGAAAAUUGAAUUGAUAUCUUUGUUACCCAUCCAACCAAUUUCUGGAAUUUAUUACUGUGAAAUGCAGUAUCAAUGACAGUCUCGUUUUGGGGUGAAAUAUGUUUUUAUUUUUUUCUUUUUUCAGUCCCUCGGUUGGUUUAUGUAAUCGUUUGUUUGGCUGGAACCGCCUAUUGCUAUCGGAGAAAAACUUAAAUAUCAUGUGCAUUUAGUUCA